CAUGCAGUGUGAGUUGUGGCCUAUAGCCGGCGACAGAGAGCCCCAUUUCUGUAAAAACAACAUCUCACCUUCUUUCUUUAGUCCAAGUGCUGGAGCACGUUUGAGUGACCAUGGAGUGCGUUUGCUGUCAUGUAGUUGAGCGUUAAUACGGCGUGAAUAGCAGGAGAGGGGGACUUUCGCGUGGAUACCAGGAGCCACAGUCGAGCUAUGGCUGCACGGGAGGAAGGAGAGGUUUUGCACAGUAAAACAAGGCACCACGACGGAGCUGGAAGUGUAAACAGCUCAGAAGGCUUCAGGAACGGCUAUGUGAAGAGCUGCGUCACCCCCCUGAAACAGGACCAUCAGAGGGGAUUUUUGUUUAGCGUGUGCAGGUUUUGCAACGAAGACAUUCUCAGCUCCAAACUGUUAAAGGUCUCUGCCCUGUACGUGGGCGCUUUUGUGAUUUUCGCGGUCUCCUUUCUAAUUUCCAGGAGCUUGCAAAGUGACUCGCUUUGGGAUUUGCGGACUUUUUUGUCGGGCUUCUCCCAGUCCAUCAGUCCUUUAUUCAGCAUAGGAUGUGCUUUCUUCUUCCUGACACUUUACCUGAGGAGGAAAAAGAAGGAGAGCACCAAAUGCUGGCUGGUGUCACUGCCAGCAUCGUGUUACCUCGGGGAUUUUUUGGUCUUGCGGUUUUUACAAUGGGGAGAGGACCAGCACCAGAUGCAAAUGGUGGGCAGGUUGUUAUUCGUGUUGGGAUGUGUGGGUCUGCUCACGCUGAUCCCAACGCUAAAACUCAAACACAGUGUUCUCAUACUGGUUUUUGCCAGCGUUGUGUGGCUUGUUUCUUUCACAAGUUUGAGCGGUCUGCCCGCACUGCUCAGACCGCUCUUUGCCUGCUUUGCGGGGGUUUCUGGCUCCCUGUUGGGGCUCUGCUUUGACCGCUACUACCCGUCGAGGGAAGCACCGAGUGGGAUUUCCAGCGCGGAGGAAAAGGUCCCUGUGAUCAGACCUAGGAGAAGGUCCAGUUGCGUGUCGCUGGGGGAGACGUCGACCAGCUAUUAUGGCAGUUGUAAAAUGCCUCGCAGACCUUCGUUGCCCUGUAUAUCCAGAGAGCAGAUGAUCUUAUGGGACUGGGAUCUGAAACACUGGUACAAACCACAGUAUCAGGGUGCAGUGAGCGGCAACGGUGUGGACCUUUCAGUCAUCAACGAGGCCAGGAAUCUGGUGUCAGACCUGCUCAUGGACUCGUCGCUGCCUCCACACACUAUCUCAGUUCUGCGCAGCAUCUCCAGCCUCAUGGGGACGUUUUCAGGCUCAUGCCGCCCCAGGGUCAACCCUUUUACCCCCUUUCCAGGUUUCUACUCCUGCGAUGAGGUGGAGGACUCUGUAGAGAGGAGUGAUAGGAAACCUAUUAAGGGUUUGAACAGCAGAAACAGCCUCCCCACCCCUCAGCCAAGGCGUAGUUCCACCUCAUCUGCAUCCUCCACACUCCCUUCUCUUGACUGCGCCUCUUCACGGUGGGAGCGUAACAACGGCAAGAGACCCCACUCUGACCUCAGCUUGACCAGCUCAGGUUUGUCCAAUGGGCCUAAUGCAAACCUGCUCACCAUUCCCAAGCAGAGAUCUUCCUCUGUCACCCUCACAUACCAUGCGGGGCCCAGGAGAGCAGGCACAUCACCGAGCCUGAGCCCCGUCACCUCUCCAAGCCACAGUCCUCCCGCUGUAGGCACUGGUUCUUCAUCAUCCCUUGUUCCUCGAUUGCCUGUGGAGUUCCCAGACACGGCUGACUUCUUGACGAAGCCUAGUGUAAAUCUGAACCUGCAUAAACCCUUGGGCUACACAAUAAACUCCCCUGAUUUCCGUAGCUCCACCUUACCUCUCUGCACCAGCUGUGGUCGUCAGAUGCUCAAGGGCAACAGUGAUACAGGGGAAUCCCAUCAACCGUACACCACUGAGGCUCAGCGGAGACGCUCAGCAGGGGAAGGGCCAGAGUUCAUAGGAGAACCUCUGAUCAGGGAGGAGAGUUCGGAGAUGGAUGUGUCUGAAGAUGGGAGCCCAGACGAUGGGGGGGACCAGAGGCUGACAGAGGAGGAGAAGGAGAAGAGCACGAGCACAGACCAGCAGACUCAGGAAUCAGAGGAUGAACAGGAGUUUAUGCUAGAUCCUAUGCUCGAGGAACACGAGACCCUCAUGGAGAGGAUGAACACCUGGAACUUCCAGAUUUUUGACCUGGUGGACAAAACAGGAGGGAAGACCGGAAGGAUCCUAAGCUAUGUGACAUACACCCUUUUCCAGGAUAUGUGUCUCUUUGAGAUCUUCAAGAUCCCUGUGAGGGAGUUUAUGACAUACUUCUGUGCUCUGGAAAAUGGAUACAGAGACAUUCCUUAUCAUAAUCGGGUACAUGCUACUGAUGUGCUGCACGCUGUUUGGUACCUGACCACUCGACCAAUCCCUGGGUUCCAGCAGAUCCACAGUGAGCAUGUGACUGGGAGUGACACAGAUUCAGAUAGUGGAAUCUCUCCAGGCAGGAUAUCCUACGCCUCGUCCAAGAGCUCCUCAAUUUCAGAUGACAGCUAUGGCUGCCUGUCCUGGAACAUCCCUGCCCUGGAGCUCAUGGCCCUUUAUGUAGCAGCUGCAAUGCACGACUAUGACCACCCUGGUCGCACAAAUGCCUUUCUAGUAGCCACUAAUGCACCUCAGGCUGUGCUGUACAAUGACCGCUCAGUGCUGGAGAACCACCAUGCAGCAUCUGCCUGGAGCCUCUACCUUUCCCGGCCUGAGUUCAACUUCCUUGUCAACCUGGAUCACAUGGAAUUCAAGCGUUUUCGUUUCCUCGUCAUCGAGGCUAUACUGGCCACAGACCUCAAGAAGCACUUUGAUUUCCUGGCUGAAUUCAAUUCCAAGGUGAACGAUGUGAACAGUCCAGGAAUUGAUUGGACCAACGAGAACGAUAGACUGCUGGUGUGCCAAGUGUGCAUAAAGUUGGCAGAUAUCAAUGGACCAGCCAAAGUCCGUGACUUGCACCUCAAAUGGACAGAAGGCAUCGUCAAUGAGUUCUACGAACAGGGAGAUGAAGAAUCCAGGUUGGGAUUACCCAUCAGCCCCUUCAUGGACCGCUCCUCCCCUCAGUUGGCCAAGCUGCAGGAGUCCUUCAUCACACACAUUGUAGGACCGCUUUGUAACUCCUACGAUGCUGCUGGCUUACUUCCUGGCCACUGGAUUACUGAAGAGGGGUCGGAUGACGAUGACGAGGAGGGCCACGUGGACAUCGAAACAGACGAAGAUGAAGAUGAGGAAGAUGAGCUAGAAGAAGAGCUGGCACCAAGAAGGAGGAAAAAACGGCGCAGGUUGUUCUGCAGCAUCAUGCAGCACCUGACAGAGAACCACAAGGUGUGGAAGAAGAUCAUCGAUGAGGAGGAUAAGAGCAAAGAGCUUGCCAAACAGCAGCAGCCAGACAGUUUGCCCACCUCUCCGUCAGAUGACAUCCAGGUCAUCCAAGAGGAGGAAGAGGGGGAGGAGCGUCAGUAGCAGCAAGAGGAGCAGACGCGUGGACAAGAAAAGGAGAGGCAGUACAAGGACACGAGGCCCUCAACCACCUGCCUUUCACCGACUUUAACAUUUGACAAAUGCACAUAAAACACACGUUCCCUCUCUCUUACACACACCCACACGAACACACAAACAUAUUGAAAGAUUCACUGUGCUGACACUCAAACGCUUAAGCAGUCACAUUGUUUUUGGAGAAACAAAAAGGCCUUACUACUGUGAGCGGAUCCUUACUGCAACGGUGGGGGCCCAACUCCUAUGCACUUUCACCCCAUGAAGAGUCAAGUGCACCCAGAGAAACGCACCAGGACUGAGGAGGCAGAAGGUGCAGAAAAAGAAGAGCGUGGACUGAUGUCCAGGAUGAACUUGUCCUCCAUGGUAACCUGGCUGUGAUGCUGCCUUGAAUGCAAAGCGCUUAACACUUACCACCUCCCUUAGGUACAAAAACAGUUUCUGUGUAUUUCAAAAGGAAAGGUAGAGGAAACAUACUGAAGCAAAUGACAUCAUGAAGUGGUAGAUACCCUUUACCAAAGGAAAGACAAGAGACUGAAACUGUUUCAGCUUCAAUGUCAGGUAUAUUUUUGAAUUAUAUAUAUAUAUAUAUAUAUAUACAUAUAUAUAUCAAAUGUGCCUGUCUGAACCUUUACUAAGUCCAUAUUGGCCCAGAGCCUAGGCUUGUGUAGUUCUCUCCUUGCUGGUGACACGAAACACUGUAUCAGACUCAGUCACAGAGACAGUAUUGAAAUGUUGACUGAUUAAUAGCAUUAUAUAUGCAUCAUUUUUGAUGCUUUUACUCAUGCGUACCACCUGUCUUUUUGGGUUUUUUUGUUUUAUUUUUCUCUCUCUGUCCUUUGUUUCGUUUGAAUGUGUGAACAUUUUUGUCCGGAAUGUGACGGAGAAAAUGAGCAGGGAGAAAGAGAUCGCAUUUUUAAUUAUUUUAUUAUGUAAUUUGUAUGUAUGUUUGUUUGUCCUGUUAGCAACAGUUGAUUUCUAAUCAGUGAAAUGUCCUCUGGUUGGUGUUUAACAUGUCGCAUUCAGAUCAGGAGUGCCGAUUCAAUGAAUGGAUUCUUCAUUUUCCUUUUUUUGAUUCUAAGUAUUUUUUUAAAGGUUACUCAGGAUUCACGCAAAGUUGAAUAAUUAUUUUGCAAGAGUUUAUGUCAUUAAUAUGAAAUACACUUUCAAACGUAAGAAGAUUAAAAAUCUGGGUGACUGAAGUAGUUUGUAAUCUCUCAAUGAACAACUCGACUACAAACAAAUUCAAGCAAUCCUCGAGAAAUCCUCUGUGACAGAGGGACAUGCGGUAUGCGCCGUCUCUUGGCCAUCCAUACACUGUUUGCGUAACCUUUUUACAAUCUCACUGGAGAAAGGCCUUUCUUGGUUGUCAGCAGACUGCAAAUGUGUCUUCUGUAGCAGCAGCACAUCAUGCACACAUGCUAUAACAGUGUGUUUGGGUUUGUUUAGGGUUUUUCAAUUGAAUUUUAAAAUGAUUUAAAAUUCAAACUCUCAUUUUAACAGUACAGUAUCUAAAUGCAGACGUUUAGACAAACUUUUCUCCUUUGUUCACACUUAUGACUUGGCCAGUUUGCAAAGAAGGGAUCCAAAGUUUCAUGUCACUUUGGUUUUGUUUCUAUAUAUAUACAUAUAAAUAUAUAUCCUAACCUACCAUGAGGAAGGUUAAAGAACUCUUGGCAUUCCACUAGAAUAAGACAUUAUAUCAAAGGGAAGUUAGAACUGUCACCUAGCUCCUUUCUCACGUUAUUGAAUCAUACUGUCUGGAGAAAAUGUUAAGUAAGCAGUGUAAACUGAGAUAGUAAUAUUUAAAGACACAAAAUAGAUACAGAUGUGCACAUUUUAAUACCAAACAAGUGUUUAGCCGCUGUACAAAAGAGUAUGUGCAUAUAAAGAUAUAUUUUUAAAAUAAUCAAAUGAAUGCAUCUGUUUUCUACUCACAGCUGACAUAUUGUACAUUGCGAUCCUGUAAUUACCUUUGUGUUUCCAAAGUUUUUAUCUACUUCUAUUUCCAGGUGUGGAACUGUGGGGCUUGGUGUUUUGAUUUAGAUUUUUUCAUUUUUCCAACUUCAGCAUCUGUCUGUUCUGUAUCAUAACCACUCUUAUAUUCUUCAUCGUCUCUCUCUGUCCCUGUCUUUAUCACCUGACCCAGCUAGUGCCAAACGUUACCUACAUAGAUUAAUUUGUGUGCUGUGAUGAGCUGAUUGGCAAAACACAAAAAAACAAAAAAAAUUGCUCCGGUACCGUUUGUGAAAAGAGAAGCAGCUCGUGUCAAAUACUCCACCGGGAUCAAAGUGGCAGUGACAGUGUUAAGAAUAGCGGGUGGACUCAGAGCCAUAAACAAUAUGACAAACGUGUCAUAGUUUUCUUUUCUUUCUUUUUUUUCACAUGGACCCGUGCUGGACUAUAAAGCAUCGGUAGCCCCUGACCUGACGUAUUCCAGCUCAUUAAGUUGUAAAAGUUUGUUGGCUUCUCGCUGUGCAGUCCUUCAAACCACAGUGUCCUCUGAUGAUUGUGCCAUAAAUACAUCAAUGAAUGGUUGUUACCCUUAUGUAGCAUCAAUAUACGUACGUUUGUCUAAUGUAACCAUUCACCCUUAUCUACACUGUGGAGGCAACAGAUUUUUGUUGUUAUUUAUAGCUGUCAUAAAACACACCAUCCCUCAAGUAUCAGCAGUUCUCAUUGAUUUUUAUUGGUGUCUGUGUUUGUCUGUGUGAGCCCAAAAUAUAUACGCCUUUCUUUCUCUCUUUUUUUUUUAUUUUAUUUUAUUUUUUUUGUCCAUGCCAUCCCAUAAAAACAGGAGAAUAACCUUAAAGACAUGAGAUAUACCAACUGUGUAUUCACUUCCUCUUAUGGAACAGUACAUGUACAAACUAUGCUUGAUUUAUGAAGGAUCAGGUCACUUCAAUUCCACACAAGAUCAGUACACAAAAUUUGAGCGUCUCUCAAUGUAUUGGUUUGAUCUUAGUAGUUUGAUUUAUAAUCAUUUGACUCAUGAGUGGAUUGUCUCCAUGGUUUCAGUGUCUACACCUUUAACAAAGGGGGCAUACUGUGCCUGUUUAGUUUUUCUACCUAUGAGUAGAAUUGUAGGUAGAAAAACAUUUUUAAAGAAGCUGCUUUCAGCUCUUGGAGGUUUCUUCCUGUUAAAAGGGAGUUUUUCCUUCCCACUGUCACCAAGUGCUUGCUUAUAUACUCAUGGUGGGGGUCGUCUGAUUUUGCAGGUUUUCUCUCUAUUUUUUUAGGGUCUUUUCCUACAAUUUAGAGUGA